CCCCGCUCUCAGAGCUUCAGUUGGUGGUGAGCAGCAAGACAGUGUGUAUCGUUACACCGUUGUGUCCAUAUCUUUGAUGGCUCUGGCCAUCCUUUUCAAAUUAAGCUGGAGAGCUUACACUUUGGCGCAAGUUAUCGUACGAUCACCCCACGUUAAACAGCUCUCCGGAGAAAGUGUACUUUCUUUUGUGAAUAAGUGAGAUUUCGUUAACAACUUCAAAUAGAAAAUCGUGCGGGAAUUGGUGUGUGUGUGUGUAUGGUGUUAGCCUAGUGUGACUGAAGUGAAUAAACAGCCCUUGUUUGGCCAUACCAUAGAAAGUUGGGCGUUAAGUCCGGUUGGCCUGAAUAGUGUGAUUCACUGGAAGGAGAGUUCCUGUGUCCCUGCUAGACGAACACCAGUACUUUGGUCGCUAUAUUGACUACAAUUUGAGUGCCUCUUAAACUCUUUUGACUCAGCGCGGGCUUGAGCGCUUUAUGGCUACAAGGUCUCGCCAAUUAAUAUUUAUUGUUACACACCAUAAGCCACAUCAGAUACUGUUACUUAAGCUCAUUAAAAUCACACCAAACUAUAGGACGAAAGAGAGAUUCAGUUGACAGCAUACUAUAGCACCCGCUGCAAGUACAGUUUUUUGAAUCUUGAUUGGUAUAAUUUUGUGAAGCAGCACGUCUAUUGUCUCAAGAUGAAGGCAUCCGUGCAACUACCCUUAAGCCAAGUGGAGGGAGAAAUAGAGGUUCACACGCGAACCAAAGCCAAGGAACCUCACGACCUGGCUGUCCUCAGACUCCUGCUGCUGCUUCAAGUAGCAGGAGAGAGGAAGGCAGAGAUAGAGGCUCUGCUACGUGGAACUGCUGGGGCGAAGCCACAGAAACAGAAGUCUGAGGAAGAGCAUCAACAGCAGGAGUCAGACAACCACCACCCUAGACGACAUGCCUUUGCCAAACGAUGGAGAAAACUACCCCUAAAGAAGAAGUCAUGCGAUGAGGAAGAAUCCUCAAUUAGGUCUUCCAAUUCCAACUCAACCACAUCUUCUACUAACUCUUCCAUUAAGUCAACUAGCAGUUCUCCCUCAAGCCAUGAUGGACAGAUCCUCUGCUCUUCUAGUUCCUCACCUUGUUCCAAUGGCCAUGUCAGUAGUUGCACUCUGGAAACUAAUAACAUUGUCUAUGCCAAGGAGACCUUCCCAGCUGAUAUCCAUGAUGUAGCUGCUAUGUCUCUGUUGCAGAGACUUGCCCUGAAUGCACUGAACCUGACUGCACCAGCCUCAUCGGUGUUGUUAAGGGAUCGUCGGAACAGCUGGGUACAGCUGGCAGGCCACCCAGGCUCCCUGGCACCAGCUGGUCCAGGUACCAUCUGGAAGAAGAGAGGCCCAGAACCUGUAGAGACUCAGGCAUACCGAGCUCUGUCUUCCGACCCAGCCAGAGACAUUACGCCCACCUUCUUCAGAGAGGUCGUCUAUCAAGAUGAAUAUUUCAUUGAAAUGAGGGAUUUACUCUACGACUUUCACAAUCCUUGUGUAAUGGACAUCAAGAUGGGUACUCGGACAUUCCUGGAGUUUGAAGUUUCAAACACGAAAGCUCGCAAAGAUCUUUACGAGAAGAUGAUUAAAGUAGAUGGUAAAGCACCAACUCCAGAAGAACAUGAAGCCAAAGCAGUCACUAAGCUGCGGUACAUGGACUUCCGUGAUAAUAUGAGUUCUUCGCGUUCACUUGGCUUUAGAAUUGAAGCCCUAAAGAUGGCAGGAAGUGAGGCAGUGACAGAAUUGCAGACUGUGCGAAGUCGAGAAGAAGUAGUUGGCACCAUGAGUGGCUUUUUGAAAGGUCGAGAAAGUACAAAACGGCAGGUUCUAGAACGUCUUGCACAUCUCAGACGUGUUUUUACUGACUCGCCCUUCUUCCAGAAACAUGAGGUAAUUGGAAGCAGCAUCUUGAUCAUUUAUGAUGAUGAGAAAGCAGGUGUGUGGAUGAUUGACUUUGCAAAGACAGUACCAGUACCAGAAGGAAUUAAAAUUUCUCACAGGAAACCUUGGAAGCUCGGAAACCAUGAGGAGGGCUACCUUACUGGAAUUGACAACCUUAUUAAGGUUGUGGAAGAAGUUCCAACAAAAACAAGACGACUUGGGUUGUUCCACAAAUCUUGAAUUGAAACACCAAUGAGGAGUAAUACUAUAUUCCAAGAAAGUUAAGAUUAUAUAUACUUUAUGUAUAAUUUAGUGCAUGACCCCCAUAUGCAAUAUAUUUCUGGAAAAUAACUGCUAAGAGCAAGCAGACUCCUGAUUGUUUAUUAAAUAUAUACUGAAGAAUGUAUAGUAUUUGUUACAUGAUUAUGUCAUUAAGACUACAACUACUAUGUUGUUGAGGAAUUUUUUUUAAAUUAUGAUUCUUUUUUACUAAAUAAAAUAUAAAUAUUCAGUCGUUAAGAAAAAUCUUAUUAGAAACUCGUUCAACUUCCAUUUAUUACAGGUAAUGAUGCACAGUAGAUUUUUGCAACCUCAGUAUGAAGCAUUAAAAGUUUUAAUAUAAGUAUACAGUGGACCCCCGGUUAACGAACUUUUUUCAUUCUAGUAGUAUGUUCAGGUGCCAGUACUGACCGAAUUUUUUCCCAUAAGGAAUAUUGUGAAGUAGAUUAGUCCAUUUCAGACCCCCAAACAUACACGUACAAACGCACUUACAUAAAUACACUUACAUAAUUGGUCGCAUUUGGAGGUGAUCGUUAAGCGGGGGUCCACUGUAUACAGUUUUGUGAGACUACUAGUUUAACCAAAAUAAAUGGCUUCAUAUGGAUUUUUUUUCUAAUCAUCAGUGAACUUGAUAUUCAGGAAAAAUCAGUGAUAAUGGCAUUCAUAAAAAUAAGAUUUCCGCUACAUGACCCUGUGAGGAUUUAGCGCGUACUUUUUACGUGAAAUGUAUUCUAUGUUAAUAACCUAUUUAGGGAUAUGCCAAAUAAUUCCUAUGAGGUCAGAUGUAUGGUAUUUAUUUAUCACAAGACCCCACAAUGUGAACUUUAAUUGGAGUGUCAUUUACAAUGUGGAUUUUACUAAAGUUGCAAGGAAACGUAGCAAAAACUUUGGUUUGUAGUUUAAGAACGUCAGUGGUGGAUGGCAGGUAUUGGUGCAGUGGAAACCUCUGUUUGGCAUUUGAUCAGGAUAUAGCAAAGCUUUUCUCAACUUGUGAUGCUUUACCUAGAGCAAAAUGUCUAUUAAAUUUUGUGCUAUCUUUCUGUCAAAAGUAAAGAAUUUAUUUAUUUAUUUAUUUUAAUCAGGGAAGAUCUUAACUUGUCAGGGUCAUAUAGUGCCUAAAGAAUGAGAGGAAUUCAGGUUUGAUCCAAGGAGGAAAAGAAAAAGUCCAGUUCCUUGGAUUACUCAAUAUUAAAUGAACAGUGUUUUCAGAGGCAUCCUUCCUUAGUCUGUUAUCAGAUCUAUGAGCACACAUGCAUGCGCACACACAGUAGAACCCCCGUAUCCACGGUUUCAGUUAUCCACAGUUUGCCGAGGCCUAAAAAUAACUUAAUUCUGCUUAAUAAUGACACCAUAGCACAAAGUAGUGAUGGUGACAGUCUUCAAAGCCUAAAGCAAGCUGUGAAGUGCUUCCCAUCAAUGAAAAAGUGCUAAUUCUCAACUUAUUGUGCAUGAUUUAUCAGUUAAACUUUAUCAUAGGUAUGUAAACAGAAAACAACUUACAUAUACAGGGUUCACUACUAGCCACAGUUUCGGGUAUCCACAGUAGGUGUUGGAACGUAUCCCCUGCGGAUAUUGGGGGACUACUGUGCGUGCAUACAUACAGUUUAAUAACCUUUUGCAGUAAUACUUGUUAGUUUUACAUUACAUGUAAAUCUAGUUCGAGAGUAGUCAUGAUAAUUUUUAAAUCUUAUUUUCCCAAUGAGCCAUCCAAAAGUUAAUCCUUUUUUUUUUUUGUAUAAAUUACAUAAUUAUAAUCAUAACUAAGCACUAAACCCACAAGGGUUAUGCAGCACUGCACAAAAUUAUAAAUCUUCAUGUUUUUCAAGAAUUUUUGUGCCUUCGUCCUCAUUUUUUUUUAAUAUAAAUUAACCAUUAUAUUGGCAGUUUUUUUUUUUUUUUAAAUUUAGAAUAUGCUGCAAAAGCAGUGUAAUACACUGAAGAAUAUGAGGUACUUUUGCCAAAAUCUACCCACAUUGCUGUCUGGUUAUAUUUGUUCACUUCUCCCUAAAAGGUGGCCACUCAGAACUUUCUUAAUUUUAUCGAAUGAUGACGAUUCACAUAUUUUCCACGAGAAAAUUGAGCUCUUAAAAAAUUUUUCUCAUCAAACUUAGUGUUGUCAGAGUUUACACUGGGCAUUUUCAGAACAUAUGAUACAAGGUUUUAGCAUUGCUUAUAAAUCAUGUACUGGGAUAAUUUCUUUGUGUCUACCAUUUGGGCCAUCUUAACCUCCCCCCCCCCCCUUUUUUUUUUUUUGCAAUGUAAUUUAUAUUUUUGCUUUGGAAUUCUGACUAUAAAAUAAUGAAUUUUUAGUCAAAAUAUUUGAAUUUUAGUGAUAAGCAACAAAUAAUCUGAAAAAUCAUAAUUUAUCCUUAGUUUCAAAGUAUUAAUGUAAUACACUGGCAUAACUACUUUAAAAAUUAUCAUUGCUAUUCCAAUUACAUGGCUGUGAUAAACAAUAUCUGCUUUUAUUUUAAAUCAGUUAUAUCUAUGGGCCUUGUGGCUUAGCGCUUCUUUUUGAUUAUAAUAAUAAUAUAUCUAUGGGAAGCACUAAAUUCAUAGGGGCCACAUAGUGAGCGGAAAAUAGGAAAGUAUGCUCUAAUUCUUUGGAUCAGGAGACUUUCACCAGCAUCAGGAGACUACUAUUACCCCUUGAAGGAAAAUUAUUUUAAGUAGCACUAAUAAACAUUUUGUUUUUCCUUUUUGACUUUAUAUACCCAUACCAUGAAUGUCAAAGGCAAUUUGAAGUGGUGCUGUUCAGAACAAAAAAAGUAUCUAUAGGUGUGAGUUUAGCAGAAAUUUGCAUUAAUCAAUAACUUACAUGAAAAUUUAUGUACAUUAUGGUAAAAUGCUGAUACUUGCAAUAUGACUGUGUUUUGCAGUUUUAGGAAAUUUUAUGUACUGCACUUUAAUUAUGGUGCUUAUUUCUCAUAAUACAUAUAUACACCAUGUCAGAACCUUUCCUCUAUUAUAUCCAAGGUUGUCACUCAUCAGAACAUGAGGUGACAUUAUAAAGCAAAAGGUUUUUCUCAUUGCAUUCCCUUUUCUCUAAUAAUUAAGCCUUUCAAACAAUUCUUUAGGUGAUUGUAUAAUAAAUAAAUACAAUGUAGAUAAAAUGUUUUGUAUGUAAUGUUGACUGUAUAUUUAAGCAUCAGUAUUAUUUAAAGGUCCAUAUGCUUUUGAAUUUGUUUGACAUGUAUAUCUCCUAUUUCUCUGGUCAGUACUAACAAUUAUAUUCUCUUGUGGCAUAAAUGUAAGUCUUUUAUAUUUUCCACAAGGAACCACAACUUUCAUGUUUCUGAUUCAUCUCUCACAAAUGUGAAAGAACCAUUACACAUCCCCUCUGGUAGUACAAAGUCAUAUGUGAAAUAUCCAGGGACAAAUGAUUAUGUUGAAUGUACAUAAUGUAAUUAUUACAUAUUUUAUAUACUUUUACAAACACUAUACAGGUUUAUAUUGCAGUAUAGAUAAAAUUAUUUGCAUUUGUAUUGUCCUAUUUUGUAUAAAGAUGUACAACAUACAUGCACACAUGAACAUGUACAUUACUUACUUUUUGAUUAAAUGUUUGUAAUCUAGUCCAAAUGUUACUUUGUAGAAAUAAAUACAAUUUGUUGAAAAAAUA